AUGUCUACCAAAGCAUUGUGGGAUUGAAACGGUGCUCGCAAUGGUGACUGCUGGAGCCGUAAGAACUACGGGUGAAACUGAGAAAUAUUAACCAUAUAAAUGUCACUAGAACUGUGCUAGUGAUGAUAAUCUAUGACACCACCGUCUAGGCGUUUUUGUUGUGGACAAGUUUAUGCCCGUGUCAUCCCUUCCAUUCUGUAUGGGCAAAGUAGAAAACUGGAAUAUUGACUUGUGUCAGUGGACGCUUGCUGAGGUCCAUACCGUUUUUCGUUUUCAAAGGGGCUGAAUAAGUAGGCCGGGAACCAGUAUCUUACGAUUGCAUUCAUUAUUAUUUCAAGAUUUGAUAUUUGGGUCGAAUACAUCAUCCAAAAUGUCGACUAGUAGCCCCGAAGCGGUGAAGAAAUUACUCGAGAACAUGCAGACGGAUCUGCGGUCCCUGUCAAUGGAAUGCAAGAAGAAAUUCCCCCCAGUCAAAGAGGCUGCUGAGUCUGGGAUAGUCAAGAUCAAGACCAUCGCCGCGAGGAAUUCAGACAUCUUGGCAACUCUGAAGGAGAACAGCUCGGAGGUAGUGCAGCCAUUCCUGAUGGGCUGUGGCACCAAGGAGCCCAAGAUCACCCAGCUGUGUCUGGCUGCUAUCCAGAGACUCAUGUCCCACGAGGUGGUUUCUGAGGCUGCAGCUGGGAACAUCAUUAACAUGCUGUGGCAGUUGAUGGAAAACGGGCAGGAGGAACUGAAGCUCCUGCAGACUGUGUUGGUGCUGCUCACCACCAACACAGUGGUACAUGACCAAGUCCUGUCCAAGGCUAUCGUGCUGUGUUUCCGCCUGCACUUCACCAAGGACAACAUCACCAACAACACAGCCGCCGCCACCGUCAGACAAGUCGUCACCGUGGUAUUCGAGAGGAUGGUCGCGGAGGACGAGCGCUUCAAAGACAUCGUGGACCAGCCUCCUCCAGUCCAGGGUAACACUAACCGGAGGUCUGUUAGCACCCUGAGGCCCAGUGCUAAAGACGCCUACAUGCUGUUCCAGGACCUAUGUCAGCUAGUAAAUGCUGAUGCCCCCUACUGGCUGGUAGGGAUGACAGAGAUGACACGGACGUUUGGUCUGGAGCUCCUGGAGUCGGUCCUCAAUGACUUCCCUAGGGUCUUCCUGCAGCACCAGGAGUUCAGCUUCCUGCUGAAGGAGCGUGUGUGUCCGCUGGUCAUCAAGCUGUUCUCCCCCAACAUCAAGUUCCGUCAAGGCAACAGCAGCGCCGCCUCCCCAGCCCCUGUAGAAAAACCCUACUUCCCCAUCUGCAUGAGGCUGCUCAGAGUGGUAUCUGUGCUCAUCAAACACUUCUACAGCCUACUGGUGACAGAGUGUGAGAUCUUCCUGUCUCUGCUGGUGAAGUUCCUGGAUGGAGAGAAGCCUCAGUGGCUUAGAGCUGUGGCCGUGGAGUCAGUCCACCGGCUGUGUGUACAGCCACACCUGCUACGGUCUUUCUGCUUGUCCUAUGACAUGAAGCAGCACUCCACCAAGGUGUUCAGGGACAUCGUCAAUGCUCUGGGCUCCUUCAUCCAGUCCCUUUUUAUUGUCCUCAACACAGGAAAUCCUGCUGCUACCAACACUUCCACCGGUGGGUCAGGGGCCCAGGGGGCUGCCCAGGGGGCUGCCCAGGGGGGUCCAGGCGCAGGAGGUCAGGGUGGGAGUCUAACCACACAGGCUGCCUUUGAGUACCGCGGUACCUGGAUCCCCCUCAUGACCGUCAGUGUUCAGGGCAGUGCCAAGGCUACCUAUCUGGAGAUGUUGGACAAGGUGGAGCCCCCGUCUAUCCCAGAGGGUUAUGCUAUGUCUGUGGCCUUCAGCGCCCUGCUGGACCUGGUCCGAGGCAUCACUUCCAUGAUAGAGAGAGCGUUGGCCAAGGAGGAGGAGGAGGCGGCUGUACGCAGGGAGGCCAACCCAGACCAGAACACCCAGCUUGAGCCUGGGGCCCAUCUGGUAUGGGAAGAGAUGGUCAGUGCGUGUUGGUGUGGUCUACUGGCUGCGCUCUCUCUCCUGCUGGAUGCCAGUACAGAUGAGACUGCGACAGAGAGCAUCCUGAAGGCAGAGCUGACCGUGGCGGCGCUGUGUGGUCGCCUGGGCCUCGUGACGCCCCGCGACGCCUUCAUCACAGCCAUCUGCAAGGCCUCGCUGCCCCCACACUACGCCUUGACUGUCCUCAGCAGUAAUACAGCCAACAUUAACAAGGCUAAGAAGACAGCCUCUAAAACCGCGCCAUUGGCCAAGGCCACUACCACGCACCCUCCAAAAAUGUCUAGGGGAAACACUGGCGCGUCCUACUCCAUCCAGGGCCAGAGUGUUCAGAUCAUCAGUUCCUCCAGUGAGUCUCAUCAGCAGGUGGUGGCUGUGGGACAGCCUCUCUCUGUACAGCCCCAAGGCACAGUAGUGCUGACAGCUAAGAAUAUCCAGUGUAUGCGGACCUUGUUGAACCUGGCCCACUGCCAUGGGGUGGUGCUGGGAACCUCCUGGCAGCUGGUGCUGGCCACGCUGCAGCACCUAGUGUGGAUCCUAGGUCUGAAGCCUGGGGUUGGAGGUGCUCUGAAGCCUGGUCGUGCAGUAGAGGGGCCAAGCACGGUGCUGACCACGGCUGUGAUGACGGACCUGCCUGUCAUCUCCAACAUCCUGUCUAGGCUCUUUGAGAGCUCCCAGUACUUAGACGAUGUGUCACUGCAUCACCUGAUCCACGCACUGUGCUCCCUCUCUCUGGAGGCUGUGGAGAUGGCCUAUGGAACUAACAAGGAGCCGUCUCUGUUUGCUGUUGCCAAGCUGCUGGAGACCGGCCUGGUCAACAUGGACCGUAUAGAGAUCCUGUGGAGGCCCCUCACUGGACAUCUACUGGAGAAGGUCUGCCAGCACCCCAAUGCCAGAAUGAGAGAGUGGGGGGCUGAGGCUGUGACCUCCCUAAUCAAAGCUGGCCUGGCCUACAAACACAACCCCCCUCUGGCACAGAACCAGAGGCUGCAGCUCCUGUUGUUGAACCCGCUGAAGGAGCUGUCCAACGUGCUCCAUGCAGACAUCCGUCAGAAGCAGCUGGAGAGCGUGCUGCAGAUCCUCCAGAGCCAAGGGGACAGUCUGGGGCCCGGCUGGCCCUUAGUGCUGGGCGUAAUAGGGGCCAUCCGCAACGACCAGGGAGAGUCAUUGAUCCGAACAGCCUUCCAGUGCCUGCAGUUGGUGGUGACUGACUUCCUCCCCACCAUGCCUUGCGCGUGCCUCCAGAUCGUAGUGGACGUAGCUGGCAGCUUCGGCCUCCAGAACCAGGAGCUCAACAUCAGCCUCACCUCCAUAGGACUCCUGUGGAACAUCUCCGACUACUUCUUCCAGAGGGGCGAGGCCAUCACCCAGGAACUAGAGAGGGAGGAGGCCGCGCUGCAGAAGCAGGCUCAGGAAAAGGGUGAGCCCUUGAACAGGCCCUUCCACCCGGCCCCUCCCUUCGACUGCCUGUGGCUGUGUCUGUACGCCAAGCUGGGCCAGCUGUGUGUGGACCCCCGGCCCGCGGUCAGGAAGAGCGCCGGUCAGACCAUGUUCUCCACCAUCGCUGCCCACGGCACCCUGCUGCAGCAGCCCACCUGGCACAUCGUGGUCUGGAAGGUUCUGUUCCACCUGCUGGACUGUGUGAGGAAGUCUUCCACUACUGCCGAUAGGGAAAAGAUUGAGUCGGGGGGCGGGAACAUCCUCAUCCACCACUCACGGGACACAGCUGAGAAACAGUGGGCGGAGACCUGGGUGCUGACGCUGGCAGGGGUGGCUCGUAUCUUCAACACCAGGAGAUACCUGCUGCAGCAGCUAGGUGACUACUUCAAGGCGUGGGAGGUUCUGUUGGACCACAUCCAGUCUGCUGCCCUCAGUAAGAACAGUGAGGUCUCCCUGGCCGCGCUCAAGUCCUUCCAGGAGAUCCUCCAGAUCGCCACGCCCGUCAAGGACUCCACCAUGUCCACUGACGCUCUGGCUGCCAUGGGUGUUCCCCCCGUCCUCAUCGACCCCCUCAGCGCCCCGGGCCCCGGCAGACCCCUGCUGCGCUCCGACUCGAUGCUGGAGAGGCUGACGAGCUACAACGGCGCCGAACUCCAGGCCCCUCCCCCAGGGGAGGAAUCGACACUGGAGGAUGCGGCGCUGUGGUGGUCGGCGUGGAACACCUGGUACCGGACGGGCACAGACAGCACGAGGCCCCCUAGUGGCGGGACGGGGACAGACAGACCCUCCUUCGUCCCCAGCCAGCCCUUCCUGACAGCGUUAGUCCAGAUCUUCCCUGCCCUCUACCAGCACAUAAAGACUGGCUUCAGCAUGGAGGACCUGAGGAAACUGGGGGUGAUCCUCCACGGGGCUGUGUCCAUACCCAUCAGCAGUGACGCCUCGCCCUUCAUCCUGCCCUCUUACACCGAGGCUGUCCUCACCAGCCUGCAGGAGGCUGUGCUCACCGCGCUCGAUGUGCUGCAGAAGGCCAUCUGUGUGGGCCCAGAGAACCUGCAGGUCAUGUACCCAGCCAUCUUUGAACAGCUGCUCCUCUUCGUCGAGUUCUCCUGCAAACCCCCCCAGUACGGCAAGAUGGAAACCAAACAUGUGGCCAACGCCAAAUACAACCAGAUCCAGCUGUUUACACCGGCAGAAUGGGUUGCCUUAAACUACGUGCCCUUUGCUGAGAGGUCCCUGGAGGUGGUGGUGGACCUCUACCACAAAACAGCCUGUCACAAAGCUGUCAUCAACGAGAAAGUCCUACAGAACAUCAUCAAGACCCUGCGGAUGCCACUGGGCCUAAAGUAUGGGUGUCCGUCAGAGAGCACGUGGAAGCUAGCUGUGUCAUCCCUGCUCAAGGUGCUGUCCACCGGGCUGCCCGUGGCCCGUCAGCAUGCCUCCUCUCGGAAGUUUGACACUAUGUGGCCAGAGCUGGCCAAUGCCUUCAAAGACUUCCUUUUCACCAAAAGCACACCUCCAGACAAUGUGUCCAUCCAGGAGUUCCAGAAGAAUGAAGCCAUUGACGUUGAGGUGGUGCAGUUGAUCAGCACAGAGAUCUUGCCGUUUGCCAUCUUCAUCCCCAAAGACUUUGUUGGCCAGAUUAUGGCCAUGCUUAAUAAAGGAUCCAUUCACUCACAGUCCUCCUCAUUCACAGAGGCAGAGGUAGACGUGCGGAUGCGGGAGGAGUUCUCCAAAGUGUGUUUUGAGACGCUGCUCCAGUUCUCUUUCAGUAACAAGGUGUCCACGCCCCAGGAGGGCUACAUCUCCCGCAUGGCCCUCUCUGUGCUCCUCAAGAGGUCCCAAGACGUGUUGAGGCGCUACGUGGACGAUGAGAGGCUGAGUGGACGCUGCCCACUGCCCAGUGGACAGAGGAUGAAGCUUGAUUGCCAACUUCUCAGGCAACAAGUGACGGAAAUCAUCUUUGUCUUAAAAGCUAUCAGCACUUUGAUGGACUCACUUAAAAAGACCCAGCCAGAAAAUGUGGAUGGGACCACGUGGGCCCAGGUCAUUGCACUGUAUCCUACCCUGGUGGAGUGCAUCACCUGCUCCUCCUCUGAGGUCAGCUCAGCGCUGAAGGAGGCCAUGGGGCCCUUCAAAGACUUUAUGCAGCCCCCUGUCUCCAGAGUACAAAACGGAGAGUCCUGACUGUACUGUAACAUUCCAUGUCCAACCCUUUUUUUAUGAAGGAAUUCAUAAUGAAUGUGUCCUCCUGAGACCCAAACACACACUUCACACAAGUGGAUGGAAGGAUAGACGGACGGACUCUUUUACUUCAUAUGAGCCCAUCUAACAGACAGUAACCAGUGGCAACUGAGCUCCCCCGGCAACUGCUCGGUCCACAACGACAACUCUGACUUGCUACACACGACAUCAUCAAUGUAUGCUUCUAAUACACGCUGGUUGAUACCGCCUCUCAUUCUGACUGGCUGGACUUGUGUAUUAACUGCUACAGUAAAACAAUUGCAGUGUUUUCAUUUGUUUUAUUUUGAUUUCUUGAAUAGAGUCAAUGUACAGUGUGUGGUUAGUGUUGAUAUAAUUAAGAAAAAACUAAAAGUACUGGGGCUAUAUGGACCUUUAAAAAGAUUGAGAGGGGGAAAGAUGAUUACCUUUUUGUGAAGUUUUUAACAUCUAGGAUUUUAUUCCAAAUCUUACAGUAACAUUCCAUGUCAUCUUUUAGCUGACCUGAGAAGGGUACUUGUCUGUAUAAAAUAAAUGGGAGAGUUCUACAAACAAUUAAAUUAUUUUUGUGUGUG